AGAGUCCUUAAAUUAAAUUAUUCUUAUUAUUUUUAAGUGUUUAAAGUGACCUUGGUAUUAUUAUUUUUAUAAAGGCAAUGCAAUAAAAAGAAAAAAACAAUCAAUAUUUUGCUUCAAGUUUUCACUUUUUUCAAUUUCUGAACGUAUGGUAUGGACGCCAUAUUGUCGUUUUCGUUGAUAGGCGGUUGGUAUCACUGCUUUUCGUUCAAUUUCAAACGGUUUUCGAUUGUUGUUUUAUGGCGUUUGUCAAAUUUGUUAAACUUUUGUGAAAGUGGAGUUUUCUGAACAAUUAUGUCAAUUUUCAAUGAACUGCUACCUAAACUCAAGGAGAUAUCAAAUACACUUACCAAAAAUUUCAAUGACGAACUAAAGGCAGCGCUUGAGUGUUUUGAUAAAUUUGAGGAAGAGUAUCAGAAUGGACGUGGGCGAGCGCGGGAGAAGGCGCAAAAGGAGAAGAAUCAAAUGACGACCCUUCAAAGUAUCAAUGAGGAUGAAGAUGAACCAAAUAAAAAUACUGAAACGGUUUUAUCAAGCGACAAAUCGAAUGUGGAAACAAUCAGCCGGAGUUCAGCAGAAUCCAAUAAUGAGAGACCAAGAAGAGUGUCCAAGAAACGUAGUAAACAUGAAAUGGAUGAUAUAUCGAGUCCUGAACAAGAAAAAAGACAAAAGAGAAAUGCAUCUGUGAAAGCUCAAAGUAUUAUUAGUAAACAGGUUAAUGUAAACUUGACGCAAAAGAUGCGUCGUGAAGCCUCCAUGGAAAAAUCUAAAGGCCACACCCGAAAAGAUGAGGAAAACAAGGAGAAUACAGAACCAUUACUUCCUGUGAACAUUAAACAGGAAAAAGUAUCAAUUCCUCCGGAACCGAUGGAUAUGGAAUCUCUGCCAAUCAAUGUUCCACUUAAACAGGAGUUCGAUAAGGAUGAAAUUGCAAUGCCGCCACCCAUGGCACCAGUACCAAAACCUCGCAAAGGCGCCGUCAAAGAGAAACUUGAGGAGAGUAAUGAAGAGGAAUCAUCCAGAAGCCGUCGCUCCACCAGAACUAGGAAACAAACAGACACGGCUCCAGUGGCAGCGACGCGAUCAACUCGUGCCAGUUCGCGGGCAACUAAACAAUUGGAUGCUGAAGAACAACCGCCACCAAUUGAGGCUAGACCUAAGAGAACAAGAGCUAAGAAGAAAGCAUCUGAAGUUUCGAACACGGAGAGUGAAAAAGAUUCAACACAAGCUACACCUCAAAGUGCAACUGCGUCUCCUGCAGAGAAACCAAGACCAAAACGUACCAGAAGAGGCAAAGCUGUCGAAAAAGAACCACCCAAAGAAGACACAAUAUCAGUGCCUAAACCCGAUUCAGUACCAAAUAAACAACUUAAGCAAGAACGGAUAUCACAACCCGAAGAAACGCAUUCACCGAUCCUUGGAUCGAAGGAGAAAACCAAAUCGAACCUUACUAAAGAAGCUUCUAAGGCCAAAGCCGAUAAGCAAGUCACAGAAGUGUUCACUAUAGAUAGAACCGUUACUCAAACCGAUAUACAGUUGGAUGAAACGAGGGUUAUAAAUAAAUUGAGUGUUAAUAUGGAAAUGGAUAAAACUGUUGUGUUACCGAAUGGUGUUUAUAAUCAUGCUCCUGUAACUCCUAGUACUGUUCGGAAUAUGAACGAAACUGUGGUGUUGGAGACUUGCAGUCGAGAAACUAUGGUGAUAGAUAAGCAGCACGUUAUAUUAGACUCUACGGUGGUGCUAGAUAAAGAUCCUAAAGCUGCCACAAUAAUGACAGAUGACAACACAUCACUAAUGACUGACGACAAUGAUGAACCACAAACGCCGCCGAAGAAAACACCGCCUUUACCGCAACCCACGUCUGCAGUAAAAGAGAAAGUGCAACAAUUCGAAGAAAUGGCAUCCAGAGUGACAAGGACAAAAACGCGAGCGAUGGCAAAGAAGGAAGAAGAAACAGAAAAUCAUACGCCUCCAGACAAGAUAGUGAAGCCGGUCCUCUCCGUGGAAACGUUGAAUAAAAUGAACAACAUGAUAUUCAAUGGGAAAGCACCAUCGUCAACGAUAUCAAGUUCUGCAACAAAACCUCGAGCUAACAUAGUCACUUCAACAAAGUCGCACAUACCCGCUUCUACUUCCAAACUGAGCGCUAUUAAUAAAGCCAAAGAGGCAGCAGAAGAGAGCAUGAAGAAGGAGAAAGAAGAUGCCAGGAAGAAGAAGGAAGCAAUCCUGGAAGCUAAGAGGGAACAGCAGAAAAGAAAACGCGAAGAGAAAAUGGCUGCGGCCGCUGCGGCCAGAGAAGCGGCGGAGAGAGAGAGACAGGCUGCUUUAACUGCAGCUGCCAGAGAGAGACAGGAGAAGCAAGCUCAUGCAGAUCACGGGAAGGCGGAGAGAUUGAGGGAAGCUGAAAGGAAAAAGCAAGAAUUAGCUCGCAAAGUGGCGGAAACUGAGGAGAGACGGAAAGCGGAAGAACACGCGCGGCAACAGAGGCUUGCAGAAGAGCAGAGAAGAGCGGACGCGACCAGAAGGAAGCAGCUGGAAGAAGCGGAAGCCAUGAAGAAAGAGGCGGCAAUAAUGGCGAAAGAGAUUGAGAAGAGACAAAAGGAGUACAUCGAGAAACAGAAAUUGAAACAUCGACUCGAAAUGGAUAAACUGCAUCAUACGCCAUUGAAAACCCCCGGAACACCAGGCAAAUACGCUAUGGAGCCCGUUUACAUGGCAGAUGGAUUUCAGUAUCUCAACUCUGAUGAAGAGGAGGAGGCCGUGGAUAGGCCGGUACCACUGUGGAGUACUUCUAAGGCUCGCAAAGCUCUCCUCUGCGUCCAAUCUCUAGUGUCCAACUCUCAUAUAGACCGUUGGUUCGGUGUUAGAGCACAAACGCCAGAUUUGCGCGGAAUCUUCCCGAAUAUAGACAGAUCCCGAUUGAAACGGACAUCCUCGGCAGUAUGGCGCACUCCUCCGCGUCUGCAGACCCUGCCAGAGUGAGACAGGUAACAAUCCACACUCGAGGCAUAACCUUUAGUCGCUGGCGGCGUCCACUUGUAAAUAUUGUUUUAUCGCAUUAAUUGUUAUGUUAAUAACGCAAUCAUGAGUAUUAUACAAUGUAGCUUGCCUUAUAUUAUUGUAAUGGCGAUGUGACGGCAUUAGGUAGGAUUUUGGUCGCUCAGUAAAUUUAGUAAAAAUUGCGCCAUCAAUAUCAGAAAAAACGUAGAUGAAAACUUUCGAAGAAAAGGAAUAGAUGUUUCUAAGGCAACAAUCUUCACGGAGAAACGAAAUUUCAUUCUGCAAUACCUAAAAAAAAACAGAGCACUCUUUUUUUAAUUUGAUUAAAAAUAAUUUACUAAAUGCUAUCUGAAUCACGAAAAAUAAUAUGUGCUCCGUUAUAAAAUAAUUGUCUUCGACAGCAAUCUAUAGAUAUAAAUAAAAUUUGAGUCUCUGUUUGUAAUAUUGAAAUAACCGCUUUUUACUACAUGCAUAUAUGAAUACUAGCUGUCCCAGCGAACUUCGUACCGCCAUAAAAAAAUAGGGGUUGGUGGUAGAAGGGUGAAAAUUUAGGGUUGUAUGUAUUUUUGUAUGAUGUAUCAUAAAAAAAUUAAAGGUGGAUUACCCUUAACAUUUAGGGGGAUGAAAAAUAGAUGUUGUCCGAUUCUCAGACCUACCCAAUAUGCACACAAAAUUUCAUGAGAAUCGGGAAAGCCGUUUCGGAGGAGUUUAACCACAAACACCGCGACACGAGAAUUUUAUAUAUUAGAUAUAUACGGCACAUACACCAUAAUAACAUUUUUUUUUACAAUUUUUGUCUGUCUGUCUGUUUGUUCCGGCUAAUCUCUGAAAAGGCUGGACCGAUUUUGAUGGGACUUUUAUUGGCAGGUAACCGGUGUUAUAAGGAGCAACUUAGGCUACUUUU